AUGGCCAACGACGAAUACGACUUUCUGUUCAAGGUCGUCCUUAUUGGAGACUCUAGCGUUGGUAAAUCUAACCUGUUGAGUCGAUUUACCCGCAAUGAGUUCAACCUAGAUACCAAAUCCACCAUUGGCGUCGAGUUCGCGACACGCUCGAUCCAGGUCGACUCGAAGACUAUUAAAGCUCAGAUCUGGGAUACGGCCGGACAAGAGCGAUACCGUGCUAUUACCUCUGCCUACUACCGUGGCGCUGUUGGAGCCCUGCUCGUGUACGAUAUUAGCAAGCACCAGACUUAUGAUAAUGUGACUCGUUGGUUGAAGGAACUGCGUGACCAUGCCGACUCAAACAUUGUUAUUAUGCUGGUUGGAAACAAGAGCGAUUUGAGACAUUUGCGCGCCGUGCCCACGGAAGAUGCGAAGCAGUUUGCCAGCGAAAACAACCUGUCUUUCAUCGAAACCUCUGCACUCGAUGCCAGCAACGUCGAGCUUGCUUUCCAAAACAUCCUGACAGAAAUCUACCGUAUCGUCUCAAGCAAGGCUCUUGACCAGGGCGAGGGCGGACAGAACCCUCUUGGAGAUCGUUCCACUAUCCCUCUCAGCAAGACUGAAGACCCAGAGACCAAACAGGGAUGCUGCUAG